GGGGGGGGGUGACGUGGGUCCAGCAGCGGCUCCCUGAGAGGCUUGGAACAGCAGCAGCAGCAGCGACGGCGGCGGCGACGCGGAGAGCGCUGUGGAGUAAAGAGGCUCUUCCUUCUGCGUAUUGACAGGCUGAAUUUGCACCAGCGUUACAGACCCUGCUGCUUACCGAGCGAGCGAGCGAUCGAGAGAACGCAGACAUGGCGGGGCUUUACUGAGGGGGAACAGGCUCCCACCCCUUCCCUUAGUAGCCCGGCUACGUGCUCUUUUAUCGUCCUCUGACCCAUGCAUUGCUGCUUCGCUGCAGAAAAAGGACUGUAUUGAAAGGACUGGGGGACCAAGAAAAAGGAGCAAAAAUUGCAGGAAAAGCGUGGCAAAUAAAAGCUAAAAGAAUGGCGGACCGUGAUACCCUGGCGCUUCCUCUGGAGGUGAGAGCCAGGCUGGCCGAGCUGGAGCUGGAACUGUCCGAAGGUGACAUCACACAGAAAGGCUAUGAAAAGAAGAGGUCAAAAUUACUUGGCGCUUACUUGCCACAGCCACCAGGGGUGGAGCCAUCACUGCCUCAAGAACGCCGAACUCCAGUCACCCCUUCCUCCUCUUCCAGAUACCACCGCCGCCGGUCAUCAGGCUCACGGGAUGAGCGGUACAGAUCAGAUGUACAUACAGAGGCAGUACAGGCAGCUCUGGCCAAACACAAAGAACGGAAGAUGGCCGUGCCCAUGCCCUCCAAGCGCCGCUCACUGGUGGUGCAGACUUCAAUGGAUGCUUAUACACCCCCAGGUGAGCUACAUAAACCAAGCAGAGAUACAUCGUCUGGAUCAGAGGAAGAAGGUUCAGUGCAAGGUGACUCCCAGGGGACACCCACAUCCAGUCAGGGCAGCAUUAAUAUGGAGCACUGGAUAAGCAGAGCAAUUCACGGAUCAACCACCUCCUCUACCACAUCCUCAUCCUCCACUCAGAGUGGGGGCAGUGGUGCUGCCAACAGGCUUGCUGAUGUCAUGGCACAGACUCAUAUUGGGCCAAUUGCUCAUCAUUCACUGAAGAGAAAAACAAUUCCUGGCACAGUUGAGAAUGGAAACUCAUUGCGUCGGUCCUGCGAAUUUGGAUCGGAGCUCACCUGGCAACCGUUGGAAACGGAGGAAAACCACUCCGCACCUCCGGAUGUCACAACUUACACCUCAGAGCACUCCAUACAGGUGGAGAGACCCCAGGGCUCAACCUCACGGGCAGCUCCCAAAUACGGCAACGCAGAGCUCAUGGAAACUGGAGAUGGUGUGCCAGUCAGCAGCAGAGUUUCUGCUAAGAUCCAGCAGCUGGUGAAUACCCUGAAAAGGCCCAAACGACCACCUUUAAGAGAAUUCUUUGUUGACGAUUUUGAGGAGCUGCUAGAAGUGCAACAGCCUGACCCCAACCAGCCUAAAUCUGAAGGAGCACAAAUGCUGCCCUUGAGGGGGGAGCAGCUAGGAGUAGUUACAAACUGGCCACCUUCCUUAGAAGCUGCACUACAAAGAUGGGGUACCAUUUCUCCUAAAGCGCCGUGUUUAACAACAAUGGACACAAAUGGAAAACCACUGUAUAUCCUAACUUAUGGAAAGCUGUGGACCAGAAGUAUGAAAGUGGCCUAUAAUAUUUUACAUAAACUGGGAACAAAGCAGGAACCAAUGGUUAGGCCAGGAGAUCGAGUAGCUCUUGUGUUUCCUAAUAAUGAUCCUGCAGCUUUCAUGGUGGCAUUUUACGGUUGUUUAUUAGCAGAAGUUGUACCUGUACCAAUUGAAGUGCCAUUAACAAGAAAGGAUGCUGGUAGCCAGCAAAUUGGUUUUCUCUUAGGAAGCUGUGGAGUCACAGUCGCAUUGACGAGUGAUGCUUGCCACAAAGGAUUACCCAAAAGUCCAACUGGGGAAAUACCACAGUUUAAAGGUUGGCCAAAGCUGUUAUGGUUCGUUACAGAAUCUAAGCAUCUAUCCAAGCCUCCAAGAGACUGGUUUCCUCACAUCAAGGAUGCAAAUAAUGAUACUGCCUAUAUUGAGUACAAAACCUGUAAGGAUGGAAGUGUGCUGGGAGUGACUGUGACAAGAAUUGCACUUUUGACCCAUUGCCAGGCUCUAACUCAGGCUUGUGGGUAUACAGAAGCUGAGACAAUUGUGAAUGUACUUGACUUUAAAAAGGAUGUUGGUCUUUGGCACGGCAUUCUCACUAGUGUAAUGAACAUGAUGCAUGUAAUCAGUAUCCCAUAUUCUCUAAUGAAGGUGAAUCCUGUCUCCUGGAUACAGAAAGUGUGUCAGUACAAGGCAAAAGUAGCAUGUGUUAAAUCAAGAGACAUGCAUUGGGCUUUGGUGGCACAUCGGGACCAGAGAGAUGUAAAUCUGAGUUCUUUGCGUAUGUUAAUAGUGGCUGAUGGGUCAAACCCUUGGUCCAUUUCUUCCUGUGAUGCAUUCCUCAAUGUCUUCCAAAGUAAAGGUCUCCGACAGGAGGUCAUUUGUCCUUGUGCUAGUUCUCCAGAAGCUUUGACAGUGGCAAUUAGAAGGCCAACAGAUGAUACCAACCAGCCACCAGGUCGAGGCGUUCUCUCAAUGCAUGGUUUGAGUUAUGGUGUCAUUAGAGUGGAUUCUGAGGAAAAGCUGUCUGUUCUGACAGUACAAGAUGUUGGAACAGUGAUGCCAGGAGCUCUUAUGUGUGUAGUGAGACCAGAUGGGAUUCCCCAGUUAUGCAAGACAGAUGAAAUUGGAGAGCUAUGUGUUUGCUCCAUUGCUACUGGUACAUCCUACUAUGGUCUGUCUGGUAUGACCAAAAAUACAUUUGAGGUUUUCCCCAUGACAGGUUCAGGUGCACCCAUCAGCGAAUACCCAUUUGUAAGAACUGGGUUGCUGGGGUUCAUAGGUCCUGGUGGGCUGGUGUUCAUUGUGGGAAAAAUGGAUGGACUGAUGGUCGUCUGUGGGCGUAGGCAUAAUGCUGAUGACAUAGUCGCCACUGCCCUUGCUGUAGAACCCAUGAAAUUUGUCUACAGGGGAAGAAUAGCUGUGUUCUCCAUAACUGUUCUUCAUGAUGAGCGCAUAGUGAUUGUUGCAGAACAAAGACCAGACUCAACAGAGGAAGACAGUUUCCAGUGGAUGAGCAGAGUUCUACAGGCAAUAGACAGUAUUCACCAGGUAGGUGUCUACUGUUUAGCACUUGUGCCAGCCAACACACUGCCAAAAACGCCCCUUGGAGGCAUUCAUCUGUCAGAAACCAAACAGCUUUUUCUGGAAGGCUCUUUGCAUCCUUGCAAUGUACUGAUGUGUCCACACACUUGUGUUACCAACUUGCCCAAACCAAGACAAAAGCAACCAGAAAUUGGUCCUGCCUCUGUGAUGGUAGGAAACUUGGUGUCUGGAAAACGCAUUGCUCAAGCCAGUGGACGGGACCUUGGACAGAUUGAAGAUAAUGACCAGGCAAGAAAGUUCCUUUUUCUCUCAGAGGUUUUACAAUGGAGAGCACAGACUACGCCGGAUCAUAUACUUUACACGCUACUGAAUUCAAGGGGAACAAUAGCAAACUCUUUAACAUGCCUUCAGCUGCACAAGCGAGCAGAAAAGAUUGCUGCAAUGUUGGGGGAGAGAGGCCACUUGCAGGAUGGUGAACAUGUAGCGCUGGUAUACCCACCAGGAAUAGACCUGAUUGCAGCAUUUUAUGGGUGCCUCUAUGCAGGCUGUGUGCCAAUAACAGUCCGACCUCCACAUCCACAGAAUAUAGCAACUACCCUGCCAACUGUGAAGAUGAUAGUGGAGGUUAGUCGGUCAGCUUGCAUUAUGACAUCUCAAAUAAUCUGUAAAUUGCUACGGUCAAGAGAAGCUUCUGCAGCUGUUGACAUUAGGACAUGGCCUCCAGUUUUGGAUACAGAUGACUUGCCAAAGAAAAGGCCACUGCAGAUUUACAAGCCCUUGAACCCAGACACAUUAGCUUAUCUGGAUUUUAGUGUAUCCACAACAGGAAUGCUUGCAGGAGUAAAGAUGUCUCACACAGCUACCAGUGCCUUCUGUCGUUCAAUCAAACUGCAGUGUGAGCUCUACCCAUCUCGAGAAGUGGCCAUCUGUUUAGACCCAUACUGUGGACUGGGGUUCGUUCUCUGGUGCCUCUGCAGUGUUUAUUCAGGGCAUCAGUCAAUUUUAAUUCCACCAUCUGAACUUGAGACAAACCCAGCGUUGUGGCUUCUUGCAGUUAGUCAGUACAAAGUUCGUGACACCUUCUGUUCCUACUCUGUGAUGGAGCUCUGCACUAAAGGCCUUGGUUUGCAGACAGAAUCACUCAAGUCAAGAGGAUUAGACCUGUCGCGUGUGCGGACUUGUGUUGUUGUAGCUGAGGAGAGGCCAAGAAUAGCUCUAACCCAAUCAUUCUCCAAGCUCUUCAAAGAUUUGGGACUGCACCCUCGAGCUGUUAGUACAUCUUUUGGUUGCCGAGUCAACUUGGCUGUUUGUUUGCAGCCUCACAGGCUGGGGAAGCUAGCCGAGCAGGGAACUUCAGGACCUGAUCCAACUACUGUGUAUGUUGAUAUGAGGGCUCUGAGGCAUGAUAGGGUUCGAUUAGUAGAAAGGGGCUCACCUCACAGUUUGCCUCUCAUGGAGUCUGGAAAAAUAUUGCCUGGUGUUCGAAUUAUCAUUGCCAACCCUGAAACAAAGGGACCCUUAGGAGAUUCACACCUUGGGGAGAUUUGGGUUCACAGUGGUCAUAAUGCCAGUGGGUACUUCACCAUUUAUGGAGACGAGUCUCUGCAAUCUGACCACUUCAAUUCCCGCUUGAGUUUUGGAGACACGCAGACAAUCUGGGCUCGGACUGGAUACCUCGGUUUCCUGAGAAGAACAGAACUUACGGAUGCAAGUGGAGAAAGACAUGAUGCCCUUUACGUUGUUGGUGCACUAGAUGAAGCAAUGGAGCUUAGAGGCAUGAGAUACCAUCCUAUUGACAUCGAAACUUCAGUAAUAAGGACACACAAGAGCAUCACUGAAUGUGCGGUGUUUACCUGGACCAACCUUCUAGUUGUGGUGGUGGAGCUGGAUGGAUCAGAGCAGGAGGCCUUGGACCUUGUUCCUUUGGUCACUAAUGUCGUUCUGGAAGAACAUUACUUGAUCGUUGGCGUAGUGGUAGUUGUGGACAUUGGAGUGAUCCCUAUAAACUCUCGUGGAGAGAAGCAGCGUAUGCACCUCCGGGAUGGAUUCUUGGCAGACCAGCUAGAUCCCAUAUAUGUGGCCUACAACAUGUAGCCUCUCACAUUUAGGCUUGCAUUGACUAUUCUCUCUGUACAUAAUGCAAAACAAUUGUGGUUUUUACUUCAAUUGUGCAGAAAAAAAGGAAGGAUUCUGCUAGAACAAAAUUUAAAGAAGCACUCUGGAUUGACAAGAACAAUGUGAAGUUAUUCAUUUUUUUAUGCCACUAAAUUUUAACACAAAGACACUGAACCCUUCACAGAUUUCAUUUAGGGAAGGAACCCCACCGUAGAGUGUAUUUGUUGCCUAUUUGGAUAUUACUGCUUUUUAAGUACGUGUGGCUUUAUAUUUUUAUGUUACGUAUGCUGAAGUUGCUCAUUAUGUUACCAGUCCUCUAAAACAUGGAGGUUUUUAAAAUAUUUACAUUCUGUUAUGGAAAGGAAACAUUUUAAGUUGUUUACUAUUUUUAAAAUGUAAAAUGUUGCAUAUAGAGACCUAUUACUGAUACGGGACACAUGCUUUGUCCUGUCAUAAUAUGAAGAGGUACGAGGUGUUUUUGCUUCUGCGAAAUUCUUUUUCCAGCCCAGUUCUUCAUUCACAGGUUGGCACAUCAGGAAUCCCUGAAAGCCGCCGUCCAUUUUUUCCCCUCCCAGUGUCAAAACAGUGAAAUGUUUAUCUCUCAGUCUUCACGUGUUUUAUAUAGUUGUACUAGAAAACACUACGUUACUUCAUAUCAUGUAAGUAUGUAAAAAAAGAACUUUUAAUUUAUUUUGUUCUCUUUAGAAAUAUAUAAGAGUACACAUUCAAAAAUGAUUUACUCUUGAAAUAUUUGCUAAUAUAAAACAAAGUGUUGUAUUAUCUUGAGUGAAUAGUAUCACAUCAAGUAUAUAAAAAUAUAUAUAAAUAUAUAUAUAUUUAAAAAAAGAAAUCAAAGAAACUCCUAGGAUUCACCAAUGAAAACCAUUUGAAAUGCAGUACUUCUCACUUGCAUGGUGCCCUUGGUUUGGUUUUUGGUAGAUGAACCUUUUGUUUGGCAGUUGUUCACAGACAAUGGCAAGUUGCCUUGAUGGUCCCCGUCACCCCGAGAUAUCAUGGAGCAAAAAAAAAACAAAGCUGUUGGUGGGAGCUGUUUCAUGGUUGUGGAGUCCACUUGUGGCAUGGUGACUACGGUCAUUAUUCCGAUUUGUGCUGGCAUGCUGGACACUCGUUUGUUGUUUUAAAGGACAAUUUGGCAAGAAGCGAUGUUGUCAUGCGUUGUAAAGUGUUGUAGUCUUGCACGAGGGGGUCAGUAAGAAAGAAGUUAUUUUUUGGAUCAAAGAAAAAGAGGCCUUUAUACAAAUGACAUUUCACCUCUGGACUUAACGUCACGUGAAGAAAGUGUAGUUGCAUGCGAGGCACUGAAUUCCAGCACAAAUGAGGCAGCUAUAGAGUGAAGGAAGGAGCGAGCCCAAGAUGAACGGGAAUUGGCAGCCUUUUUCAUUUGCUAUGCAUUACCUAAACAUGUCUGCACAUGGCCUUUUAUCUCAGAAAUUUCUGUGUGAAAUUUUGAGUUUUAUUUUUUUUAAUGUAACUUUUGUUUAGUUUUUUUUUCGCCAAUUACUUUUGUAAUCUUUUAUUUAAGAAAAAAAAAAAAAAAAGCUGUGAUUUUUAUCAGAAAUUAUAUCUCGGAUUUAGAAGUCAAAUACUGUUGAAAUCAUAUCUUGCUACUAACAUAUCUGAACUACUGAAGUUUGCAUCGGACCACUUAAUGGUGUACUGGAUUCAACUACAGAAAGGAAAACCUGCAGGAAGAAGAGCUCCACGGGCACAAAAUGGCCUCAAAGUGGCAGAGAUGGGCUCAGCCGCCGGGCACGUCUGCAGUUGGCCACAUGUUUCUCAGCAUCCUAGCAGACCAAUGAAAUCCUUAAACCAGGAAAUCAACUUUGGGUAAAGCUGCACAGGGAAAAUGUAUAAGCGUGGGAGUUACUCGGACCCUCCUCAGUUAGUAGUCACCCAUUAAUGAUUUCCAUGCUGUAUCAUGGGACCACAUUUUAGAUAUUUGGAUAAAUGCAUGUACUGUACAAUAACUUCUCUUCCAUCGAGUGAUAUUAGACCACAAUCACAUUCGUGCCCCUUGCCCACUUUUUUUUUUUUGGUAUUGGCACGUAUGCCUUCCCGUUUCCAGCUUAACAGAUGUCUUCUUCACGAGGCAGCAGGUCUUCACAGAUUCUUCUCCUUGGAUCUGUUCCUAAUUUCAAUUAGUCAAGUUUCUUUUUUUUAACGUCCACAUUGACACGGUUUUCUGUGGAAGACAAAAAUUACUUAAACUUUUAAAAUUCUUAAACAGCACGUGCCUGUUUCCAAACGUUGUCAUCCAAAUAAACAGCAGCAGUUCCUUAUUGUGUAUCAAUGUGUGAUGUACUUAAGCACCGUCUCUUUGGAUUGAACAAUGAACCCUCGUUUUGUUCGAGUGUCUGCAUGUUGGUUGUAAAUAAUUGCUCACUCCCAGAAAAACACCACAUCUGUAUUUCAGACUUCUGUUUUGGACACUUGAGCAGAAGCGCUGAGAAGUCGCUCUGAGCAGCAAGCAUUCUGGGUGGUCUGACGGGGGUUUAUGGCGCUUGCUGCUUCAGUCCACUUGUUAGGACUUGCUCGUGUGUUUAAGCCGUUUUUUUGAAGAUGCUUAUUAUUUGCAGUUGGGAAGGGUGCCUCAUGUCAUGGUUGAGUCCACGUUUUUAAAGCUGUUGGUGAUUCUUCAUCAUUACUUUUACUCUUGUCUGUCAUUUUGAGUUUUAUUUUGACAAUUUUCCAAAUCCAGUCACACAAAUGGUGUUCAUGAAGCAAUGGACCCAAAGUAGACCGGCCAGCGCCUUCAAAGGAUGUUUCUUCUUUCUGUGCAGCAGGCUCCCAGUAUUCCUCCGUUACUGACCUAACCCCACUGCAGCCUACCAGUAUGAAAUUUAUUUAUUUAUUUAAUUUUUUUUUUCUUUUCUUUUCUUAAUGUGUGACUGUCCUGUGUGUAUGGUGUUCGAUUCUGUAUCCUUGACAGGUUGUCGUGAUUUACUUUUCUUGUAUUGUUGCAAAACAUGGAAAGAUCAAAUGUUACGAGUCCAGGAGGACUAAGCAAUAAAGGAUUGUCCUGUAUUAGAAUUUGUACUGUAGAUAAAACCAUGCAUCAGAAUGUACAAAAACUACAACUGGUAAUUGUGUUGUGACCUAGUGCUGUUUAAAGUUGGGAAACAAAUUACAAUCAGACUUGAUGCACGUGUACGAGAAGAAGGCAAGUACACGACCAUUCUAGAAAUACACAACAACUCGAAAAGAAACAGAGUCCUCAUGGUGCUUGAUUAUUAUAUAUAAUCCUGCUUGACACUUUACCCAAGGGGAAGUUUUUAUCCCUUUUAUCAGUUGAAUGUUAGCAGCGUUAUUUCAUUGAGUCUGUGGAUUGGUUGACGAACUUUCAUAGACUUAACCAAUUGCAAUUGAGAUUUUUUUCUGCGCAACAGGAUAGCAACCUUUCUUGUAUGUUAAACCACCAGUACGCUUUGUACAUCUGUGAUAACGCCUGUUUUAUAUUCAAAUGAACAAAAUAAAAGCUUUUAUUUUUGUUGCUCUGAGAAA